UCCCCGGCUCAAAAACCCACCCGAGCGUCACGGACCGGUGCAGCAGCGGCGGUGGCGGUGGCGGUGGCACUGUUCCCAUCACGAAGACCAGAGACCGGGGCGGACUGCUGCACUGCCUGCCUGCUCUAAAAGAGACUCCGCAGACCUCUCCAUCUCCGCCGCUUUUACGCACUGGGAACGACUGGGACUAUAUUACUGCUACUCCUGUCGUGUACCCCCCCGCACCCCCAAAAUGUCCGUGGGCAGCGACUUUGGAAACCCUCUAAGAAAAUUCAAACUCGUCUUUCUGGGAGAACAAAGUGUUGGGAAGACAUCUCUCAUCACACGGUUUAUGUAUGACAGCUUUGACAACACGUAUCAGGCGACCAUCGGCAUUGACUUCCUGUCCAAAACCAUGUACCUGGAGGACCGGACGGUGCGGCUGCAGCUCUGGGACACAGCGGGACAGGAGCGCUUCAGGAGCCUCAUUCCCAGUUACAUCCGCGACUCCACUGUGGCCGUGGUGGUCUAUGACAUUACAAAUGUGAACUCAUUCCAGCAGACAACCAAGUGGAUCGAUGAUGUCAGAACAGAGAGAGGAAGUGAUGUCAUCAUUAUGCUUGUGGGCAACAAAACAGAUCUGGCGGAUAAGAGACAAAUAACAAUUGAAGAAGGAGAGCAGAGAGCUAAAGAACUGAGUGUCAUGUUCAUUGAGACCAGCGCCAAAACAGGCUACAAUGUCAAACAGUUGUUUCGACGUGUGGCAGCGGCUCUUCCCGGCAUGGAGAGUAUGCAAGAAACCAGCAAAGAAGGAAUGAUUGACAUCAAACUGGACAAACCACAGGAGCCACAGACGACUGAAGGGGGCUGUUCCUGUUAAUACUCACCAUCACAUCACCUUGUCACCACACGCUUGUAAUCUUGUUUCCUAUUGGUUUACCUGAUUUUGCACGUCUAAAUCUGGCCUCUUCAAAAAGACUUUUAGCUAAAGUUUGAACUAGCAAUAUAUGAAUUUUUUGCCAAAAUAUCUGACAAUUUACAAAUAAUAGUCAUUUCAAAAUUACUCAAAUUAUCCGUGUUCAGUCUGUAAAGUAAAAUAUGUUAUAUCAGUUUUCAUUUGUAUUUUUGUAUAAUCAGGGAAUCCCUCUGUAAAAAUGUUUAUUUAAGAUGCAAAUCAAAGCUCUGUGUUAGAGCUUAAAGAAUGUUUUUAGAAAUGUGUUGCUAUGUCAUGGGACAAGGGUACAGGCAUAACAGUUCACUGUUAGUAUUAAUGUGUGGGAUAUAAGACCCCAAAUAUAUCCUUCAAGGUUUUUUUGGUGGGUUAGAGAGAAUCUCCAAAACUGCAGCUCAGGUAGUUGUAUGUUUGGUUUUCCCCUGUACAAUAUUUGACAAAUCUUUGCUGUUCGUAACUAUAGAAUGAUCCAGUGGGACAACAGACUAUGUUGAGUAUCUAAUGCAUGCCUAGUCUUUGAGCUUAGGUACAGUGUGUCCGUUUACACCACUUUGAAUAUGUAAAUUUCACACCAGUGACUUACUGCACUCUUCGUUUCAACGAUUUGUACUUGACUUGAAAUCUCUUCCUGUUGCGUGUACAUGUGGGUUUUCAAUUUCAAACCCAUGUUCAGCUGUGUCCAUACUAAUUCAUUUAAACAUAUUUGAUGCUGUAACUAAUAUCAUGUUGUAUUAGCUGUGCAGUAUUUCAUUUUGAAUGUGUCAAAAUCACUAAACUCCAUGUUGUAAACUAUUCACAGGAAACGCUUUGGGAUCCAUAGCUCUUUGUCAUGAUAUAAGAGAUUCCUGCAUGCCCUGCUGUACUUCUGUGCAGUGGUAAUCUUCUUAAAUAAGUUUUGCCUUUUGCAGAAUGUGCCAGGGUUAAAGAUGCACUAUGUAACUUUUCUGGUGGGGGGGUUGGGGGCUGCUUGUGUCUUUGAGAUAUUAUUGCUUUGCCUGGAAUGUUCCAUAAUCUUGCACAUAUUAAGUUGCCAGAUACCUUAAAAACAUGCAUUCUUUCUGCGAGCGGGAUGCCUUGGCUUGUUUCCAUGAGGAUCAAAAACCUGAAUGCCAUGCUGUGGAAUAUUUUAAAUCCAAGCGCAGCAAUUAAAUCUCCAUGUAGACAAGGAGAUGAUAGACCCUCCACCAGAAGAGUUCAUCUUUAAAAAUAGAGCAUCAUUGAUAUUUUGUUUUCUGUGUUUACAUAACUUGGCACAUUUGUCAUUUUAAACACAAUUUAGUUUUCUCAUUAUUCCAUGUGUUUUUGUGGCCAGUGUUGGUUGUUGCCUUUUAUCACUCAGUGCUUUGUAACUAAAUCCACCGCCACAGUCUAAUUUUGCACAUAUAACUUUUCCUGGGUCAUCAUUGUAGAGCCACGUUUUCAGACAGUUGUAAAGUGUCCUGGUGUUUGCUGCUUGAGUUGGAUCUACUGACUUUGCCGUGUGUUUUAUAGAGCUAACCUUCACUGACGUUAACGUGAGCCAGCGUUAAGAACAACACUCCUUUUGAUUUGAAAUUAUUGCACUUUUUAUGACGAUGUUUUAGAGUUAGUGACAAUGUAAAUCUUAAAAUAAAUAUGUAAAAUACU